AUGCUAGUGAAGAGUACUUUACUCCUGUUCAAUCUUGAUAGGGAACUUGCCAGCUUCUCUCUGGUCGUUCCACUUCUCGACCCAGUCGACAGGACACAACGAGGUGAAGGUUUUCCAAAAGAUUUUGCAUGGCUCAAAGUCUUCGCCUUUAACUGCGACACAUUUGUGGUAGUCGACGUAACUCUGGGCACAGUGCUUGGUUUGGUUUGUGUAAGGGAAUCUUGGGUCGAAUUGAGGGGUGUCGAACUUGAAGUUUUCUGCGUCCAAAGCCAUGGCGAAUUGAGGCGGUGUUUUUUUGGUGGAGGAGAACGAAAGCGUUACUAUAACAAUUUUUUAAUUGCGUCUUACGAUUUUCCUACUCCAGUGCGAAAUGGGUCCAUACGAUUGGCUGGGUGUGCCUGUGUGCAGGGCAUGCCUUCUUCUGUUAGUGGGGCCAUAGUGCGGAAACAAAAUGCGAAGCAUACUACCAAAAGGACAAUAGACAAUAGCACGAUAGCACAAUCGAAGCAAAGCCAGAGUUGUUAG